GAUUAGGCAGUAGGCACUGUGGUUUGGGACUUCUGCUCCAAUCAGUCUGGAGGCUGUGACUGAUUGCUCUAUUCCAUGGCCACUUCUGACCAGAAAGAUCAGGCAUGGAUCCCCAAAUAUUUCAAGAAGAAAGUCUGCACAACUUUCAUUGAGCAACCUAAUGAUACAGGUGCCUCCAAUUUCUGCCAGUGUGGCAGUACUCGCAAAAACCAUACGUCGGUCGCCAUAGAAGAUGCUUUUGGAGCAGCCAUUGUCAGCAAAUGGGACUCAGCGCAACAUACCACAGAGAGGCCAACUGAUGCCUAUGGGGAGGUGGAAUUUCUAGGCACUAGCCGUAGACCGAGCAAGUUCAUUCGCCUCUCCGACUCAUCUGAUCCUGCAAAUGCCUAUGCUUUAGUAACGAAUCACUGGAAAAUCCCACAUCCCAACUUGGUGGUGUCAGUGGUAGGAGGCGAAGGUGAGGGGCCCGUAAAGGCCUGGCUCAAAGAUGUGCUGAGAAAGGGGCUGGUUAAAGCAGCUCAGAGCACAGGUGCCUGGAUUAUGACAAGUGGUCUCCAAGCUGGUGUGGGCCGGUAUGUGGGAGAAGCGGUGAGAGACCACGCUAUGGCCAGUACCAGCCGCAGCACUCAUGUUGUAGCAAUGGGCAUUGCUCCAUGGGGUAUCGUUGAACAGCACCAUUGCCUUGUCAACCCCAAGGGUUCCUUCCCAGCACGUUACCCCAGGACAAACCCUGCGAGUCCUUUCUGCCCUCUAGAUGCCAAUCAUUCUGCCUUCUUCUUGGUGGACAAUGGGACACUGGGCAGAGCAGGCGGAGAGACCGCCUUCCGAGCCCGUUUGGAACGCUAUAUUGCCCAGCAAAAAGUGGGAGCUGGAGGUGAAGGGAGCAUUGAGAUUCCUGUGUUGCUACUGCUCAUCAGUGGGGACUCAGCCAUAUUCAAGCGUGUAUCAGAGGCUGUGCAUGCCUCCAUUCCCUGCCUCCUUCUAGCUGGAUCUGGGGGAGCAGCAGACUGCUUAGCUGAAUUGUUGGAAGAGACCCAACCUGGGGAGUCCCUGAAAACUCUGGCAAUGAAGAAAAUGCAGGGGAAAUUCCCAGACAAUGAUUUGGAGGAGUUGGCUGAGCAGGUGGAAAGCAUUGGGAAUCUGAGGGAAUUGGUGACUGUCUAUUCAGACCAAGAAGGUUUGGAGGAGUUUGAGACUGUCCUGCUUAAAGCUCUGGUGAAAGCAUGCAAGCGGUCAAGCAAGGCCACCUGUUAUCUGGAUGAGCUACGUCUGGCAGUAGCUUGGAAUCGGGUGGACAUUGCCAGCACAGAACUGUUCCGUGGGGACAUUCUCUGGGAGCCCAGCCUGCUGGAGAACCCAAUGCGUGAUGCAUUGCUGGGUAAUCGAACUGACUUAGUGCGCCUCUUUGUGGAGAAUGGCUUGGAUGUAGGACAGUUCCUGACAUGGGGAAAACUGGAACAGCUGUAUGCUGGGUCCCCCAAGGUCUCACUGCUGCACCAACUUUUGGAGCGAUGCCAUGGGACAGGCUCUGAGCCAUCAACCUCUCCUGAAGACUUGCUACUGAAACAAUCUUUGCCUGAUUGCCAUUUAUCUCAUGUGGCUUUUAUUCUGCACGAGCUACUAGGGAAUGUCUGUGCUCCUUUUUAUGCAGGACUAUACCCUACUGGCCACAGAGGGAUAGGCAAAAAAGUAUUAUUACUAAAUGGAGAUUCCACAUACCAACAUGAGCUGUCACCAAACCCAUGGACUGAUCUAUUUAUCUGGGCAGUGUUGCUGAAUCGAAAAGAGAUGGCAAUUUACUUCUGGGAAAUGGCACCUGAUGCAGUGGCUGGGGCAUUGGCAGCAGCACAAAUACUGCGGGAACUUUCACAUCUAGAGACAGAGACAGAGGAAGCGGCAGCCAUGAAGGAUUUAGCAAUGCAGUUUGAAAACUUGGCCAUAGGAGUAUUCAAUGAAUGUUACCGUAAUAGUGAGCCACGGGCCUACAAACUACUGGUGCGCUGUUCCCACCUCUGGGGUGGAGCCACUAUCCUCCAUCUGGCUCACCAGGCUGAUGCCCGUCUCUUUUUUGCACAGGAUGGUGUGCAGUCCCUGCUUACCCAAAACUGGUGGGGAGAAAUGGACCGAAGUACCUCUGUCUGGAAGCUUCUUCUAACCUUUUUUUGCCCCCCUCUCAUCUUUACUGAACUCAUUACAUUCAGGAACAUGGAUGAAGAUCUGCGUCUGGAUUCCUUGGAACAGUUUGAACUGGACAGUCUUGAUACAGAUGUGAAAAGUACCAUCGGAGACAUGUUGUCUGAAAGUUUGGAACCUCCUUCCCCUCUUUCUGUUCGACAACUCUGGCUACGACGGUGGCAUCAAUUCUGGAUGGCACCUGUGACAGCCUUCCUGGGCAAUGUGGUGAUGUACUUGCUCUUCCUCUUCCUCUUCUCCUACGUCCUGCUGCUGGAUUUUGACCCUCCACCUCCCAAAGGUCCAUCUGGCACUGAGAUAGUUCUGUACAUCUGGGUCUUCACACUGGUUUGUGAAGAGGUGCGUCAAGGAUGUUUUGUGGGUUCCCGUCCUUUGUUGCAGAGAGUACAACGGUACUUCCUGGACACCUGGAACCAGUUUGAUAUCACGGCCCUGCUACUCUUCAUGGUGGGGCUAGUGUGCAGGCUGUUUCCUUCAUCAUAUGAAUCAGGACGCACCAUUCUGUGCCUGGAUUUCAUGAUCUUCACCCUUCGUCUCAUCCACAUCUUUGCAGUCAACAAACAGUUGGGGCCCAAGAUGAUUAUCGUUGGCAAGAUGAUGAAGGAUGUAUUUUUCUUUCUGUUCUUCCUUGGGGUAUGGCUGGUAGCCUAUGGGGUCACGACUGAGGGUCUUCUUCUCCCCCACGAUCGAAGAAUCCCUUGGAUAUUUCGACGUGUUUUCUACCGACCUUACUUGCAAAUUUUUGGACAGAUCCCACUCGGUGAAAUUGAUGCUGCCCAGUUUACGGCCUCGAAUUGCACCUAUGACCCUUUAGCCAUUUUGAUGGAGGACGCGAAUCCUUGUACCAAUACCUAUGCUAAUUGGCUGGUGCUCAUUCUUCUUGUGAUCUUCCUGUUGGUAGCCAAUAUUCUGCUCCUCAACUUGCUGAUUGCAAUGUUCAGUUACACGUUCUCCAAAGUGCAAGGCAACAGUGAUAUCUACUGGAAAUCACAGCGUUACAACCUUAUCUUGGAGUAUCAUAGCCGGCCUGCAUUGGCUCCACCCUUCAUCCUGAUCAGCCACCUACAUCUUUUGUGCAAGCGUCAUAUCCACAAGGUGCAGUCGGCAAAGAGACGUGACUUCUUGCUAGAACUCUCUGAGAUCCAAAAUAGGCGACUACUGACAUGGGAAUCAGUACAGAAAGAAAAUUACUUAGUAACCCAGGCUCGACAGAAACGUGACAGCGACACUGAGCGACUUCGGAGAACUUCCCAAAAAGUCGAUCAGGCUUUAAAGCAGCUUUCUGAUAUCAAAGAAUCAGAGCGACGUCUGAAGACCCUUGAGAUGCAGAUGGAGUAUUGUACCAGUGCCUUGUCUUGGGUAGUAGAUAUCUUGGCCCAGAGUGACAUAGCAAAAGGAAAACAAGUUCCACCUAUUCAAAAAAAAGAUUGAACUUUUCCAUGGCACAUGACAAAAGACAGGGAAGAAAUAUCAGCUGCUGCUGUUCACAAAAUCCCAAAAGUGUCUCAACAUCUGAUCUCUCAGAGAAUUAAAAUGUAGACUUCAGCAGGAAAUAAUUGAGAGAAUCCAGGAUCGCAUUUCAGUUCAGCUACAAAAUACCUUACGUCUGACUUUAGUUUUCUUCAUUGGAAAUAUGAAUUAUCUACCUCACAGCAUUUCAAUGAGAAAGAAAUGUGGACGGUUAAAAUAUUGAUAUGCCAGACAUGCAAAAA